GCUUCGCCAGAGCCUUCUCUCGCCACCUCCACCAUCAACCAUCAUCCUCACUGCCUCCACCCUGGCGAGCCUCGCUGACCCAGUGUUAGGCUAAGUGGAGACUGACGGCUAAACACCCCCUCCCCCUUUGCCGGAGCACAGGCAUGAGCUGGGCCCCCCGCUGCGUGCAGGCAGUGUCCACCUGCCUGGUGUGCACCGAAGGCUACGACGCGAACUGGCGCCGACCCAAACUGCUGCGCUGCGGACACACCUUCUGCCUGAGCUGCCUGAGUGAGAUAGCCCGACUGUCCGGCCAGCGACGGCCCUCGAUGACGCCUGGGCCCAGAUCGGGGGCGCUGUCGUGUCCAAAAUGCCGGGAGGUGACGCCGCUCCCCGAACCGCACCACGCAGCGACACACCUGGUUGACAAUUUUGCCAUUGUGGAGUUCAUUACGGGCGACGACGACGCAGCCGAACCAGAAGAUCGCUGUGCCAGACAUCAAGAUGAGCGGGAGAAAUACUUCUGCAUGUCCUGUUACAGGUUACUUUGCCCUUGCUGUGCUUUUGAGCAUGCAUCUCAGACUCCAUCGCACAGCGUUCAGGAUGUGGAGUCCGCUGCAGGCCACUUCAGACUGAGGCUCCGCGCCGCGCUGGGUUAUUGCAGGGAGAGGCAGGAGCUACUCGACCGCAUGCUACGAGAUUCGGCCGAGGAGCGGCGGCGAAUCAGGGCUCUCUGCCUGUCGCUGGAGCACCUGACGGGAGGCGUGCGCGAUGCGGAGCUGCUCUCUCAGAGGCACACCCUGAUGGGGCUGCAGGACCCUGAGCCGCAUCCUGAGCCCUCCUCACACAAAACACCAAAGCCCUCGUCACCCCCCCAACUCAGCCUCUGACAGCUUAGUUCCCAUUCUCUCUCUCUCUCUCUUUCUCAC